AUGUCGAUUUUGGAUCGUGAAGAGCCCCACUAUUUUGGUGCGGGCCCAGCAUUGUUGCCAUCGGAUGUUCUUAAACAGGCAGCUUUGGACUUGAUCACAUACGGUGGUGAAAAUUUGGGUAUUGGUGAGAUCUCUCACCGUUCCAAGCUUGCUAUCGAGGUAAUUGACGAGACUAAGGCUAAUAUCAAGAGUUUGAUUAGCGUCCCAGAUACCCACGAGGUAUUUUUCAUGCAAGGUGGUGGUACCACAGGUUUCUCGUCCAUUGUGUACAACUUGAUGGCUAACUACGCAAAGAAGCACAGCCUCAAGAAAGGUAAGGCCGCAUACGCUGUUACUGGUGGCUGGUCAAAGAAAGCUUCGGAAGAAGCCCAGCGCUUAGGCUUCGAGGUGGAUGUUGUGUAUAAUGGCAAAGAGAAGAAGUUCGGCGAUAUAGAACCCUUCUCAAACUGGAAGCCCAUUGACAAGGAGAACACUGCUUACCUUUAUGUUUGUGACAAUGAGACCGUUCAUGGCAAUGAAUUUAAGACGACCCCCGAUACUCUGUAUUUGCCCGAAGGUGUGGAGUUAGUCGCAGAUAUGUCUUCCAACAUCUUGUCGAAGAAGAUAGACGUCAGCAAGUACGGCGUGAUCAUGGCCGGCGCACAGAAAAACCUCGGCUUAGCUGGCUUGACUAUCUAUAUCGUGAAGAAGUCUUUGCUUGAGCAGGCAUCUGACGAGGAGUUGAGGCAGGCUGGUAUUCCGUUAUGUCCCAUCGCCUUCCACUACCCCACUGUUGUCGCAAACAAUUCCGCCUACAAUACUAUUCCAAUAUUCACGUGUCAAAUCUUGCGCUUAGUCACUGACAAGCUCAUAGCAGAGGGUGGAAUUGAUGUCCUCGAGAAAAAGAACAUCCACAAGGCUGAGCUCUUAUAUGGCGCUUUAGAUAAACACUCAAAUUUGUUUAACUUGCCAGUAACUAACCACCAGGUUCGUUCUCGCAUGAAUGUUGUAUUCACUCUACCAACUGAAGAAAUGACCAAUGAAUUUCUCAAGGGAGCUCAAGAGAGAAACUUGACUGGGUUAAAGGGUCACAGAUCUGUGGGAGGCAUCAGAGCAUCUAUCUACAAUGCUGUUUCGCUUCACAGCGUUGAGCUUUUGGUUGCCUACAUAAAUGAUUUUGCUGAAGCCCAUCAAUGA